CACAUCAAUUUUCCAAAAGCAAACUUGAAUCGUGUUGUAUGUGUUAGGUAUACCUCUCACUAUAUUUGCUUUCGCCUUGUUUAUUAUUGAUUUCCCCCCUCCAAAGUUUCUCGAGCAAUCACACAGGACCUUGAAAGCAUUCGCAUUCGCAUUCGCAAAACUAGAACCAUGGCUAUUGCCACUUCUCCCGUAUCCUUGUGGAGCCGGAAACGCGAUCUCGUCUACUUCGCAUUCUUCGCCAUCCAUGUCCCCAUCAUCUUCUUGGUCGAUGCCGCUCCCAUCCUGCCGUCUUUCCUCCAGUCCACUCUCAGCGUGACGCUACGCGAGUUCUACAUCGAAACCUAUCAUGACAAGUUCUUCGAGGAAGCCCCAACCACUUGGUUUACCUUCUUUCUGUUGAUGGAGCUUUUCUAUCAUGUUCCGCUCAGUGUCUGGGCUCUGCGCGGCCUGAAGAAAGAUGAUCCUCUUGUUCCCGUCCAUUUGCUCGUUUUCGGAGUGCAAUCGUUCCUCACCUCGGCCAUCUGUCUGGUGGAGGUCUGGAGCUGGACUGACCGUACGCUCGACCAGAAGCAGAAUAUUACCAUGCUCUAUGGUCCUUAUGUUGCUCUCGGUAAGGCUGAUCUAAAUUUAGGGCUUGUUCCUUCUGUGGAAGACAGCAAGUAGUUACAGUACCAGUUGGCAGGGGCUGACUUAUGGGUUCUCUAGGCGCAUUUAUGGC